AUGCCAUGCCGCAGCCGGGACCGAAGCCGGAGCCCGCGUCGGGCGGCACGAGUGCCCGGGGGCUGCUGCGCCUUCGAGGCCAGCAAAAAUGCUCACAGGUGGGCCGCCUAUGAGUGCCACCUCUCCAAGGGCACAUUCAUCCGUGAAGCAUGUCAGGUGCGCACGCGCGUGAUCGCGGGCCAUGCGCAGUGCCGCACAUUUGUUCUGUGCGCGGAGGGGCAAGUCCCCAAGAAUGUUUCCAAGGCUAAGAACAGGGAGGAGCAGGUUUUGGCAGCCUGCACCGUGCGCAUGAACCCGUAUCGCCGAUACUGCAAGAUGUGGGGACAAAUCAUGCACAUGAGCGCUCGGGAGGAGCGGAAGGGUUAUGGAAGCAAGUUGGUUGUUGCUGUGGAGGAGUUGUUACGCCAAGAGGGCGUUGACAUUCUCCUCGCUUACCCCGCACCUACAACAGCAGCUCAAAAAUUUUGGGCGAAAAUGGGGUAUCAGCAGCAGGAGGAUAGCUUCCUCCCAGAUGAAGAGCUCAUCCCGCGGUACGAAGGUGGCCCGCUAUGGCCAGAGGAGAACGCAGUCACCGAGGAGCCCCUGGAUCGGCUGGAAAAAAGGUUGUUGGUUGGUGGAACCCAGUGGGCACCCCGGGAAGGGGAAAUCCGUACAAGACCUGGCGGCGAAGAUCGCAAGUUCAGGGAAGUGGUCUGGAAUCCCCUCGAUCUACGAACAAGGAAGCCCCCCGAGGUUUUUCUGACGGCUCUGCAGCUACAAGCAUUGUUGCAGCCGGUCCGUCGGCGGAUGCGCGGAAAACGGCCUCCUUUCUGA